AUGCCUAUGUUGCAAAAAAAUACUGCGUACUUUUCGCGGUACCAAGUAAAGUACAAGCGCAGACGCCAGGGCAAGACCGAUUACUAUGCUCGCAAGCGCCUCAUCACUCAGGCCAAGAACAAGUACAACGCUCCUAAGUACCGCCUUGUUGUACGCUUCACCAACAAGGACAUCAUCUGCCAAAUCGUGUCCGCCGAAAUCGUCGGUGACAAGAUCUUUGCUGCAGCCUACGCCCACGAACUCAAGGCCUAUGGUAUCACACAUGGCCUGACCAACUGGUCUGCUGCUUACGCCACUGGUCUCCUUGUUGCUCGUCGCGCCCUCAAGAAACUCAACCUUGACGAGGACUUUACUGGUGUUGAGGAGGCUGAUGGCGAGUUCACUCUCACCGAAGCCGCCGAGGGUGAUGAUGGCGAAUCCAGACGCCCCUUCAAAGUCUUCCUUGACGUCGGUCUUACCCGUACCUCCACUGGAGCCAAGGUCUUCGGUGCUAUGAAGGGCGCUUCUGACGGUGGUCUUUACAUUCCUCACUCCGAGAAGCGUUUCCCCGGUUAUGACAUUGAGUCCAAGGAGCUCGAUGCCGAGACCCUACGCAAAUACAUCUUUGGAGGCCACGUCGCUGAGUACAUGGAGACUCUCGCCGACGACGACGAGGAGCGCUACAAGUCUCAGUUCCAAGGCUACAUUGAUGAUGACAUUGAAGCUGAUGGCCUUGAGGAGCUGUACGCUGAGGCACAUAAGCAAAUUCGUGCGGACCCAUACAAGAAGGACCCCGAGGCACCAGCCCCGAAGUCCAAGGAGGAGUACAAGAAGGAGUCGCUGAAGUACAAGCAAUACAAGCUCAGCAAGGAAGAGAAGCUCGAGCGUGUCAAGGCCAAGAUGGCGCAAAUCAAGAGCGACGCAUAA